AUGAGUAUUGAAUCAAUUAAAGCUAGAGAAAUUUUGGAUAGUAGAGGUAAUCCAACAUUAGAAGUUGAAGUAUGGACAAGUGAAGGAAUGUUUUCAGCCAAAGUACCAAGUGGAGCAUCAACUGGUAUUCAUGAAGCAUUUGAAUUAAGAGAUGGUGAUAAAAGUCGUUAUUUUGGAUAUGGUGUUUUGAAUGCAAUUGUUAAUGUAAAUAAUUUAAUAUCACCAACAUUGAAAGGUAUGAGAGUUGAUAAUCAAAAAGCAAUAGAUGAUAAAAUGAUUGAAUUGGAUGGUACAAAGAAUAAAUCAAAACUUGGGUCCAAUGCAAUCGUUGGUGUAUCAAUGGCAGUGGCAAGAGCAGCCGCUUCUAUUAAAGGUGUGCCCUUGUACCGUUACAUUUCACAAUUGGCUGGAAAUAGUAAUAUUCGUUUACCAGUACCAUGUUUUAAUGUUAUUAAUGGUGGAAAACAUGCAGGUAAUAGACUACCAUUUCAAGAGUUUAUGCUAGUACCCAUUGGUGCACCAAAAUUUAAAGAAGCAUUGCGUUAUGGUUCAGAAGUCUACCAUUCACUCAAAGAGAUCAUCAAGGAAAGAUAUGGUUUGGAUGCUACAAAUGUUGGAGAUGAAGGUGGUUUUGCACCAAAUUUGACUUCACCUGAAGAAGCAUUAACUCUGUUAGUGGAUGCUAUCAAUCAUUCGGGCUAUCAAGAUGUUAUUAAAAUUGGUAUUGAUUCUGCUGCUUCAGAAUUUUGGAAUCCAAAGACUUCAAAAUAUGAUAUGGAUUUCAAGAAUAUAGGAUCCUCACAUUUGAAGUCUAGUUUAAAUAGUGGUGAGCAAUUAAUGUCUAGAUAUUUAGAGAUUUUAAAAAAGUAUCCAAUUGCAUUCUUUGAAGAUCCAUUUGGUGAAGAUGAUUGGGAAAAUCAUGGUAAAAUUACAGCUGCAAUUGGUAAUAAAAUUCAAAUCAUUGGUGAUGAUUUACUUUGUACAAAUCCAGAAAGAAUUAAAAAAGCAAUUUCUGAGAAAACUGUAAAUUCAUUAUUAUUGAAAAUAAAUCAAAUCGGUACACUAACUGAAACUAUUGAAGCUGCAAAACUUGCAAAAGAAGCUGGUUGGGGUUGUUUAGUUAGUCAUCGUUCAGGUGAAACUGAUGAUCAUUUCAUUGCUGAUCUUGUAGUUGGUCUUGGUACUGGUGAAAUAAAAUCUGGUGCACCUUGUAGAUUUGAAAGAUUAUCAAAAUAUAAUAGAUUAAUGAAAAUUGAAGAAGAACUUGAAAAACUUCAUAGAUCAAAUGGUAAUUCAUUUGAGUAUGCUGGUGAAGAGUUUUAUCAUUUUUAA